AUGCUAGGCUCAAUAAAUAGCCCAACCUCUGGCAAUACCCUCGAAGCUUUUAUCGAGCUAGGAAAAAAGGCAUCAGAAAGCACAAUUCCUCCAGAAGCUCCACUUGGCGGCAUUCUCACCGUAAAUGGCACCGUUAUUGCAAGUCUCAAUGGAAAUGUCCUGAAUGUCACGGCUCUUGACCAAGACACCAUCGGCCGGGUUCCGCCGCCUGGGCAGAACAUGUCUGAUUACAUUGCCGGCAUGGCUGGCGGAGGCCCACCAAACAGCUACAACUGGGCGCCCCAGAUCAGCGACAAUGCAACGGAGCAUUUACAAAUACUACAAUGGUUUGACAAUAUUCUGCUCGAAAUUUUGUUUGAUGGAUACAACAAGCUGAAUGGUGGCGCCUGGACACACGUGUAUCCAAAGUCGAUCGUCGAUAUCUUGGGAGCCUUGGCUUCACAGUCUCUUGUCCAUCGUUCAACCGCAACCGACUCUUUGCAACAUUACCAGAAGCCUGUCCUUGGAGUCUGUACAUACAAUUUGCCGACCAUGAAUGUGGACUCAUUUCUUCACGCAGCCCUGACAGUCUUAUUGCUUGAGAUUGGUAUCAUUCUAGAUAUCAUCGGCCUGGUUGCCACAACCGACCCUUGGAUGGUACCUGCCUUGGCUACUCAUCUGGGCAGCAAGAGUCGAAUGGCAGGUACCGUCAAUCUCAUGCAAAAUCACAUGGCUGCAGCGGCACCAAGAGAAGUUAUGAUGCCAGCUGAAUUGGCAUAUAGCUAUGCAAUGAACAACUAUGUUUCCAGUUGUCCAGACAAGAUGGACUGGCUGGGUACUCCGCUGCCACCGCUCCAAUUCACCAACACCCAAAAGCUUGGUAGCACCGACCGUGUGACUAGCGCAACUAUUGCCAUUGAUGCGAGUCUGCAAAAAGAUGGGCAGCUAUUCAUUGCUUGGAUCGCUGCUUGGGGCAGUCUCACCUUUACGCCGGUCCAGAGCGACGGCUCCGUGCAAGUGCCUACGUCGUUAUACGGCCAUGUCUGGGCUGUGCUAGUAAAGCAGGAAAAUGUCAAAUUGAGAGACAUCCCUAGUGUUGCAGUCGCUGGCCCGGAGAUUCUAUGGGUUGCGGGCAUGUAA